CCCCGAUGAAAUGCGCACAACCAGCUCAACUUGUCCUCGACCCAGGAUGGUGAAUGUGAUAAACCUGGAUCGAUUGACGAAGCAGUGUUCCGAAGCACCUGAAUCCAGGAAGGUGGAAACUUUUUCGUGAUUUUGUGACGUGGUUUCCGUGGUACAAGUUAUCGGUAGAGAUUUGUGCAAUUGACUACUACUCAGAAUGGAAGCAGGUGGUCUUCCACAUCCAAUUCUGAGCAGCUCGUCAGACUUUUUGCACACACCAUCGCAGCGUGGUGACAUACCAUCGCUGUUAAGUGGUAGUCGUAGGGAUGGCCUGUGUGUAAUUCACUGGGGGCGAAAGCAUGGCAUGGGUGUUAGGAUAAUUCGACGAUGUUGCUUGGCGUGCUUCUUUCGCUUGUCGAUGGGCAGCAACGAGCAUGGGGUUGGGUUCUUUUCCCCGUGGAGCUUUCCACCAUGAUGGAGCCUGUCCUUCUUUGCCGCCGCCACGCGCCCAACACACUCGCUGGUGAUGUGUACCACCACAUGCAGUACACGUAGUCGCACCUCCCGGAUUUGUUGGGGCAUGAAUAGUUAGCGCUUUUGUCGAAUCCUUUGUAUCCUCCUCGUUGAUCUUCUUCAGCCAUACCAUUU